GUAUUGCAGACUUGGUAACCCCGCAGCGUCGGUCCCUAUAUAAGACAGCGGGUCGAGGAGGACGUCACUACUUCGGCAGCAACUACACCAUGUUCCUCGUUGUCCUCGCCGCCCUCGCCUCCGUGGCUGCCUCCGCCACGCAGUACGCCCCUCCCCGCCCUGACAGCUAUGAGACUUCCCGCGAAUACAUUCCGAUCCUGAAGGACAACCGCGUGCAGGAGGAUGACGGCAGGUACAACCUUGACGUGGAAACUGGCAAUGGCAUCUUGCUGUCUCAGUCUGGCGCCCCUGACGGACCCGAGGGCGCCGUGAUCAAGGCAGGAGAGUACUCGUACACUGCUCCUGACGGCACUCAUGUCCACGUCAAGUUCGUCGCCGACGAGAACGGUUACCAGCCCCAGUCUGACCUGUUGCCCGUGGCCCCCGAGUUCCCCCACCCCAUUCCUCAGUUCGUGCUGGACCAGAUCGCUAAGGCUGCAGAGGAGGACGCCACCAGGCGACCCAUUAAGGAGUCUGUUCCCUCCGGCACCUACAGAGCCCCAUAGACAGUCCGCUAGGGGACUGGGGAUUUGCCGACACCCGAAACUCCGACACACGCAUGCAUUCAUCCUCGUCACUUCUGUAUUUAUUUCCUUAUUUAACUCAAAAUAAAAUGCAUAUUCAUUUA